AUGGGAAGUGAGGUUGAUAAGACAUUCUUAAUAGCAAGCAGCAAGCACACCACCACUCACCACCACCACCACCACCACCAACAACAACAACAUCAUCAUCAUCAUCACCAACAACAACAGCAGAACCAGAACCAGUCGUCCUCGUCUUCCCACCAGCUUGUGGUCCCUUUUGAUGGCAGAUCAGGAGGACCCUUCAUGGGCUCCAUCUCCAUCCAGGCUGGCCUCUCCACCCAUGGCGGGGCAGGUGCAGGUGUACCUUCUUCCUCAUCUCCCUCUUCUCUGUCGUCAUCCACAUCUUCUUCCUCCUCCGCCGCCUCUACAUCCGCUGCCCCGCCUCACCUCGUUGACGCCUCACUCGCCAUCGCCACCAGAUCCGACCGAUCCACUCCCCUCCUCGACUCCAUCAAAAAGAACCCACAUCAACAGCAACAGCAAUUGGCUAUCGUACCCGCUACAACAGCAGUAACAACCACAGCCGCCGCCACAACAACAACCGCGGUCAAGCGAUCCACGAAGGACCGCCACACGAAGGUCGACGGCCGGGGCCGACGAAUCCGAAUGCCGGCGACCUGCGCCGCCAGGGUCUUUCAAUUGACCAGAGAAUUGGGUCACAAGUCCGACGGCGAGACCAUCGAGUGGCUGCUACAACAGGCCGAACCGGCAAUUAUUGCCGCCACGGGGACCGGCACCAUCCCGGCCAAUUUCUCCACUCUCAACGUCUCGCUUCGCAGCAGCGGCUCCACGCUCUCGGCUCCGCCUUCAAAAUCCGCUCCUCAUUCCUUCCCUGGCGCUCUGGCUCUCGCCCACGCUUACCACGAAGAAGGAUUCGCUCACCCGGCUUUCUUAGGCUACCAUCAACAGCAGCAGCAGCAGCAGCAACAACACCUUAUGACAGCAGAUCAAAUAGCAGAAGCGCUUCCAAGUGGCGGUGGCGGAGAGAGCGGUGGGGGUGGAGAUUCCACAGAGAAUUACAUGAGAAAACGCUACAGAGAAGAUCUAUUCAAGGAAGAACAACCACAGAACGAGGGAGGUGGUGGUGGCGGUGGCGGUGGAGAAGGCUCGCCUUCAGGGAACAAGGCUUUCAAGAGCAGCGGCUUACAAUUACCGAAAUCGCAAGUACAAGAAGGAGGAUCUUCUGGGCAGUUUAGGCCCUCCAAUAUCCUACCCGCCACUGCCAUGUGGGCAGUAGCGCCGGCGCCCAGUAGCGGCACAGGCAGCACAUUCUGGAUGCUGCCAGUAAGCGCCGGCGCCGGAGGUCCGUCGGUCACCACAUCAGCCGCCGGCCCAUCAGAAUCCCACAUGUGGACUUUCCCGACAGCGCCAACCGCGAGCGGGAACACAUUGCAAGCGCCGCUGCAUUUCAUGCCGAGGUUCAAUCUCAAUCCGGGCGGUCUAGAAUUCCAAGGGAGCAGAGCAAAUCCUCUGCAAUUGGGUUCCAUGUUAAUGCAGCAGCAGCCGUCUCAGCAUCUCGGGCUGGGGGUUUCGGAAUCCAAUCUGGGAAUGUUGGCUGCUCUGAAUGCUUAUUCUAGAGGGGGUCUGAAUAUGAAUUCCGAUCACCAGCAGCAAAAUCAUCCGUUGGAUCAGCACCAUCAACACCAGCCUCAAGCAACGGAUAGUGGAGAUGAAGGCCCAGAUAGUUCUCAGUGAAAAAAUCAGAAGAAUAUACGAGUUGAUUUGGAAGUUCUUGGAAAAUUCAUUGAGACAUCAUCGUCUGAGAAGAGAGGGUCCUAAGUUCUCUCAUUUAGUGUUCUUUUGAGGUUUUUUUUUUUUUUUUUCACAUGUUUUUUGGGGAUUUGUCUAGAUUGUCGAUGUGGGACUACUUUUGAGAUGUAUUUGUUAGUUUGGUCCAAAGGGACUGAAAGGAAUAGGCAGAGAGAGAGAGAGAGAGACAGAGAGAUUUGUAUAGGAGGAUAUUUGUUGGUGUUUAGUAUUGUUAAUUAUUUGCUUUGUUUGUAUGAGAAAAAUGGAAAACAACCAAAAGGAAUUAAGAGUAAAAUUUGGAAUUUUUUUUUUUUUUU